UUGUACGAAACAUUCUCCAAGAGCUUAAUUUCAUACCUUAGAACUGGUGUGUCAAACUGGUGAGUGGAUUAGUACGUAUUCUUCUGUCCUUGGCCUAUGAUUGUGGAAAACUUCUCAAACCCACCUCCUCGGUAGUCAGGCAGGCCAGUCGCCACACCAUCGCACCCCGUGUCUUAGAUCCCUCCCCUCUCUCUCUCUCUCUCUCGCUCGCUUGAUCAGGCAUUGUUUCAAACGCCUCUCGCGCAUCUUUUAUAGUCCCUUUCCCACCAUUUUUCACGGGCACCAUAUUGUCCCAACACUCUAUCUUUUCUCUUUGUUCUAGUUUCUGACCCAGCUGUUGUGUAUUGCUGAGUUUCUCUUCCAUUCUCUUUAAUUAUUCGUUUCAUUGAAAUCUUCCCUCGUAUUCCAUGCACUGCAUAUAUCAGGUGUAGUAGUUUUUUGUAAAUUUUAUAUGCGAGACUGGACAGACGAUCUUGGAAUCAAGCUUCAGGCGCAAGAAAAAGGUAUCUGCUGUUGGCGUAAGAAUAUUAGGUUGCAAUGUAUGCGAGAAGAAUAAAGAGUAAUACUCAGAAAUGGUAUCUUGUGCUUCAGAGGGGAAAGUAUUCUUGUUCUCCUAAUUGCCGGGAGUACUCUUCAUAUGGUUCUUCAAGUUGCAUACAAACAGCCGGAAAGUUUAAUUCUCAAGGAAAUUUGAUCAGAAGAUAUGUGUUAGAGCGUGUCUACCCGUCCUGUGUUGCUUCUGAAAGAUUGUACACAAGGCUGCCUGAGAGACCACCUGUUAGCUUGAGAUGUGGUUUGUAUAGGUUCUACAGCUCCAAAGGUGACGGAAGGAAUGCAAGUGAGGAUAAACCACAUGCAUCUGUCAAAGAUGGGGCUGCGAAUCCGGACAAGGGCAAGAUCCAAAAGGGAAAGAAGAUUGCAAAUGAUGUGAGGCGCAAUGCACAUGCUCGACUCGGCGAAGAAGAUCAAAAGGAAUGGCUUCAUAAUGAGAAGUUGGCCAUUGAAAGUAAAAAGAAGGAAUCUCCUUUUUUGCCUAGGCUAGAUAGAUAUAAAAAUGAGUUCUUGCGGCGGAUUGUUCCUUGGGAAAAAAUUACAGUUUCGUGGGAUACAUUUCCCUAUUACAUCCAUGACCACACCAAGAACCUUUUGGUUGAAUGUGCUGCUUCUCACAUAAAACAUACAAAGUCUGCUAAAGAUUUUGGUGGCCGUUUAACUUCCUCAAGUGGGAGAAUCCUCCUUCAGAGUGUUCCAGGUACUGAGCUCUAUCGAGAAAGAUUGGUCAGGGCUCUAGCGAGGGAUCUAAAGGUUCCUCUGUUGGUGCUUGACAGUAGUGUUCUAGCUCCUUUUGACUUCAGUGAGGCUUGUUCUUCUGAAACUGAAUCAGAUGAUGAGAAUGGAGAAUCAGGUGAAGAGUGUACUUCGGAAUCAGAAGUUGAAGAUGAAAAUGAUGCGACCAAUGAGGAUGAAUGGACAAGCAGUGGUGAGGCGAAAGCAGAAACCAGUGAUGAUGAUGAAGUUGAUCUUCAGGCUUCCGCUGAGGCCUUGAAGAAGCUUGUUCCCCACAACCUUGAAGAUUUUGAGAAGAGAGUCUCUGGAGAAUCAGAAAGUGUCACCGAAUCAUCACAAUCAGAGGCCAGUGAACAUUCUGACAAAAGCAAGCAACCUUUCAAGAAAGGGGAUCGAGUGAAAUACAAAGGACAGCUUGUUCUUGGAGCUGAAAAGAGGAUUGUAUUGGGGAAGAUAGCAACAUCUGAUGGUCCUUCAAAUGCUUAUACUGUUAUUCAUGGCAGGCCUUUGUCCAGUGGCCAACGAGGAGAGGUGUAUGAGGUGAAUGGGAAUGAAGUUGCAGUUGUCUUGGAUGUUGGUGAGACCAAUGCAGAUGGAGAAAAAGAUGAGAAACUCACAUCACAAGCCGCAAGACCUUCAAUAUGUUGGAUUAAUGUUGAGGAUCUUGAGCAUGACCUAGAUGCUCAGUCUGAAGACUGUUAUGUUGCUAUGCAGGCACUUCAUGAGGUUUUGGAUUCUGUUCAACCGCUUAUUGUCUAUUUCCCAGAUUCAUCUCUGUGGCUGUCAAGAGCUGUUUCCAGGUCGAACCGUAAAGAGUUUGUCCAGAAGGUGCAAGAAAUGUUUGACCAAUUAGCAGGACCUGUUGUCUUAAUUUGUGGUCAAAACAAAGUUGAAACCGGGUCAAAAGAAAAAGAAAAAUUUACAAUGAUACUUCCAAAUUUGGGCCGCCUUGCUAAAUUGCCUCUUUCCUUGAAGAGACUUACAGAGGGACUAAAAGCAACAAAACGGUCUGUGGAUGAUGAAGUAUGUCAGCUAUUUACCAAUGUUAUGUGCAUACAUCCCCCAAAGGAGGAAGAUCUCAUUAGAACAUUCAAUAAACAAGUUGAAGAAGACAGGAGGAUUGUGAUAUCUCGAAGUAACUUAAACGAAUUGCAUAAGGUUCUUGAGGAAAAUGAGCUAUCAUGCAUGGACUUCUUGCAUGUAAACACUGAUGGUGUAAUUUUGACGAAGCGGAAAGCCGAGAAGGUUGUUGGUUGGGCAAAAAACCAUUACUUGUCCUCAUGUCUCCUUCCUUGCAUUAAGGCGGAUCGGUUAUAUGUGCCUCGUGAAAGCCUUGAGAUUGCAAUUUUGAGGUUAAAGGAGCAGGAAACGGUAACAAAGAAGCCUUCACACAAUUUAAAGACCUUGGCUAAAGAUGAGUAUGAGAGCAACUUUGUUUCAGCAGUAGUUCCUCCAGGUGAAAUUGGAGUCAAAUUCGAUGACAUUGGUGCCCUUGAAGGUGUUAAAAAAGCACUUAAUGAACUUGUAAUUCUCCCUAUGCGGAGACCUGAGCUUUUCUCUCAAGGGAAUUUGUUGAGGCCUUGCAAAGGCAUACUGCUUUUUGGGCCCCCAGGUACUGGGAAAACCCUCCUAGCUAAGGCUCUUGCAACGGAAGCAGGGGCUAAUUUUAUCAGCAUUACUGGUUCCACACUUACAUCAAAGUGGUUUGGAGAUGCUGAAAAACUUACGAAGGCUCUUUUCUCCUUUGCUAGUAAACUGGCUCCUGUUAUUAUAUUUGUUGAUGAGGUUGACAGCUUGCUUGGUGCUCGUGGAGGUGCUUUUGAGCAUGAAGCUACCAGAAGAAUGCGGAAUGAGUUUAUGGCAGCCUGGGAUGGAUUAAGAUCAAAAGAAAGCCAGAGAAUCCUCAUCCUUGGAGCUACAAAUCGACCAUUUGAUCUUGAUGAUGCGGUUAUUCGCCGCUUACCCAGGAGGAUAUAUGUGGACCUACCUGAUGCUGAAAAUCGUCUCAAGAUACUUAAGAUAAUUCUAGCACAAGAAAACCUGGAAAAAAGUUUCUUACUUGAGCAUCUUGCAAAUGCAACAGAAGGUUAUUCAGGGAGUGAUUUGAAGAACCUCUGUACUGCUGCAGCAUAUAGGCCUGUACAAGAGCUUUUAGAGGAAGAGACAAUGGGAGGCAAAAGUGGCUCUAGCUCAGUGUUAAGACCACUCAAUCUAGAAGACUUUAUCCAGGCCAAGGCAAAGGUGGGCCCUUCAGUUGCAUAUGAUGCAGCUAGCAUGAAUGAAUUGAGGAAGUGGAAUGAACAGUAUGGCGAAGGUGGAAGCAGGAGAAAAUCACCAUUUGGUUUUUGAGAGAAAUUACAAUGGAUGGACAAGUUUGAUGAAUUGAUUUUCGGGGAGAGAAAGCAUAAGUUGCCAGAUAAGAGUUAUUCUGUUCCUUAGCUACCAUCGCUCUCUUUCACUUCCUCAGCUCGUAGCAUAAUAAGAGAGAUUGCAUUUUGACAUAAUAAUGUUCUGUAAUGUAGUACUGAUAGGUAGUGGGUAGUAGAAUAUAAUAGUCUUAAAUCUAUUUCUGUAUAUUUUCAGAAUUUUGUAAAUUUUUUUAUAGGUAAUGUUAACAUAUUCCUUUUUAGCUGACAACGUACUUAAUCAGCAAAUCAUGAAUUGAAUCCUUCUAGAAAGGACUCCAGAGUUUUGCAAUUUUUCUUUUUUUAAGUUCAUGUUUACAAGAUUGAACCCUCUUUUUCCGCA